AUGAGGUUGUUCUUAAAACACUUAAUAAUUCAUCAAGUUUAAAUAAUAGAUUUCUGGAUGAGUGGAAAUAUUAUUAUAGUUGUCAGAAAAAAUCAUUUUCAAAAUUUAUUCAGUUCUUAGGUAUUACUCAAGAUCCAAAUAAUUUAAAUUAUAUAAUAGUAAUGAGUUAUGCAAAAAAAGGAAGUUUGAGAAAAUGUUUAUCUGAUAUAAUUAAAUUCAAAUGGCAAGAUAAGUUACAAUUAUUGAAAAAAAUUAUAUUAGGACUUAAAGUAAUUCAUGAAUCAAAUUUAACUCAUGGUGAUUUUCAUGAUGGUAAUAUUUUAAUGUCAGAUAAUUACAAUGAGAUAUUUAUUAUUGAUUUAGGAUUAUGCAAACCUAUAAGUGAUUUACAAGAUUCUGAUAAUAAAGUUAAUGAAAUUUAUGGAGUUUUACCCUACAUGGCGCCUGAAAUAUUAAGAAAAAAACCCUAUAUUCCAGCAAGUGAUAUUUAUAGCUUUUCAAUGAUAAUGUGGGAAUUUACAUCAGGCAUUCCUCCAUUUAACCAUGAAGCACAUGAUCAUCACUUUAUCUUAAGUGUUUAUGAAGGGAAACGUCCUAAAAUCAUGGAAAAUACUCCAAAAUGCUAUAUAGAUUUAAUGAAAAAAUGUUGGGAUUUAAGUCCUUCCAAUAGACCAACCAUAAUAAUGCUUGAAAAUAUUAUAUCUGGAUGGAUUAGAUGUAUUAAUAAAUAUUAUGAAAUAAACAAAGAUGAAAAUUAUGAAUGUUUUGUAUCUGAUAUUGAUAAUCAACUAAAAAAUGAUAUGAAAGAAUUUGUAGAAGCAAACAAAGCUUUAGUACAAGAAAAAGCAAGCACUUCUAUCAUACAAUAUCAUCCACAAGCAUAUUUUACAAGUCGCAAACUUACUUCAGUUCAAGCAGAGUCUCAGGGUUUUGAUUGUAUGAUUGAAGAUUAAUAAUUUUAUUAUUUAUAUAUUCUUCAUUUGUUAUUAUCAAUGAUUACAUAGAAAGCAUUAUUAUGUUGUACUUUUUCAGUUUUACUAUAAAGUAAUAAGAUUAAAUAUU